AUGGAUGAAGAUCCGCGGCUUCUUCCCCCCCUGGAGAACGCGACUGUAUCACUGCUGGCAGCCCAGCCGUACUGGGUUAUCGAGAUCUACGCCAACUUUACCUUUUUCAAUCGGGGCCAGGCCUUAUAUACCACCACUCGGCCACUCGAGCCGCUGUUCCGGGACCCUUGGUGGAUAUUCACCACCUGCUUUUUCCUGUACAUCAUCCAGCGUGGGUAUGGGUGUUCUCUGAUGCAGUUGAUCCGCAUCAGCCCACGUUUCGGCGUCAUGCUCUUGUUCAUGGUGAUCUCCAUUGUAUUUGCGAUUGUGGACCUGUGUGCGAUCCGGGUCGAGAAUCGCCUAGGUUACCCCCCGGGCAUGGAGCCGUUUUGGAAGCUGGCGUUUGUAUUCAAGUGCCUGAGCGACACCUUCAUCUUGGAUGACUUUAGGAGCGCCCUGGAUCGACUGCGCCACCACCAUCACCCGGAUGUCCUGCCACUGCAGGAGCCUGACAAGCAUGCUCGCGGUCGGAGAACAAAUAAGCCUGUGGACAGUGUACCUGAAGCGUCUGCCAAACGCCCUGAUCCAGUAUGUCGUCCACCUGACAUGGUGUAA